GCGGCUUUAACGCGCUCAGCAGCUCGGACCCGGACAUCACCAUGGGGCGCUACAGCGGGAACACCUGCCGCCUGAGCUUCAUGCUCGGGAUCACGGGGAUCUUCUUCGUGGCCGAGAUCGUGGCGGGUUAUUUGGGGAACUCGCUGGCGCUGGUGUCGGACUCCUUCAACAUGCUGUCGGACAUCGUGUCCCUGUGCGUGGGGCUGGCGGCGGGCAGGCUGGCGCGGCGACCCGCCUCUCCGCGGUGCACCUUCGGCCUGGCCCGGGCUGAGGCGGUGGGCGCUCUGGCCAACGCGGCCUUCCUGGCGGCGCUCUGCUGCUCCGUGGCGGCCGAGGCGCUGAAGAGGCUCGCGCGGCCCGAGGCUGUGGACGAGCCGGUCAUCGUGCUGAUCGUCGGCUCCCUGGGGCUCGCGGUCAACAUCACCGGGCUGAUCGUGUUCCAGGACCGCCGGUGGCUGUGCGCGAGGAGGCGGCGGCGGGGAGGCAGAUCUUCCGACAGCAGGGUCGGGAACGGUGAAGCAGGCUCCGAGCGGGCUGCUUCACAACACCAAGAGAACAAGCACAGCGAUGGGCCACCGCUGAAUAUAAGAGGAGUCUUACUCCACGUGUUGAACGAUGCUCUAGGCUCAGUUGUGGUGGUGGUCGUCUCAGUGCUGUUUUACAUCUGGCCCCUGCCAGCUGGCGCCCCCUGUAACUGGCAGUGUUACGUGGACCCGAGCCUGACACUGGUCAUGGUGGCCAUAAUCGUGUCCUCAGCUAUCCCUCUAGUCAAAGAGACCACCAGAAUUCUGCUACAGAUGAGUCCACCCAACCUGGACGUCUCCACAAUCCUGGAAGACGUAUGCCAGCUGCCCGGAGUCCUUGGCGUUCACGAAGUGCACGUGUGGGAGCUGGCCAAAGACCGGAACGUGGCUUCCAUGCACGUCAAGGUGACUGCUGACCUUGAGAGCUCUAAAGGUGAAAUUCGACACCUCCAUAUGCAGAUCAGGGAGGUGUUCCAUCGACUGGGAGUGCACAGCAUCACUGUUCAGAUAGAGUUCAGUGACGAGGAGAUGGAGAACAGACACUGUGGAACUCCGUGCAUCUCCUACGACUGUCUGAGGCGAUCCUGCUGUCCUGCCGAUCUGACAACACAGAACCGUACCGAUCUCCAUAAAGUGAAUAACUGUUCUUCUAGAGAAGUGACCACAGUCUUUGGGGAAGGGAGUGGAGAGGAGAGGAGAGGAGGACUCAACAUGGAGACACCAUUUUAAGCCUUCAGGGCCAGCUUCUCUCACUCAACUGAGCUUUAACAGAGAGGCCCAAGCACACCUUCCAUUUUAAGGAAACAAAUCAGUGCUGGAACCAUAGAAUCCACUCAAAUCCAGUCUUGACUUCAGCCUUUAUGGCUGAGACACUGCAAUUCCCCCCCAAAACAAAACAAAAAGGGGGGGGAGGGGGAGCGCAUCUGAAUGAUGCCUCUUAAAAAUGUCAGAAUGUUCAUUUGACAGACUCUUAGCUCACCAACCAAUGAUGAGGUGGCCAUGCAUUUAAAAAAAAAAAAAAAAAGCCAUUUGUCUGCUUUUAGCCAGUUCUGGUCUGCCUUAAUAUCUUAAAUCAAAAUUGAGACACCUUUUCUACAUCCUCAAAAAGACCCAUCAAGUUCCUUUGCCCUGGGUCAAACUGAACCACCUGAAACAGGUCAAAAAACACCAAAUUCCAUCAAACCGUAGUUUUUUGGUUCCUGUUAGUUUCAGCCUGGAGAAUAAGAUUCCUACAGCCCUCCAAAGCAAGCCAUGAACAUUCCAGAUCAAUAUAUUACCUCAGACGGGUACUGCUAACUCCCUAGCUAUGGAAUAGAUCAUCGUAGCAAGGACUAAACACUUGAGUCUUGAUCAAAUCUAAAACCUCAUUGUUAGCCUUUGGUUGGUCAACACUGAUCAUUCCAGAUAAAAAUCCAGGUACCUCAGGGACUAGAAAGAUCAUUCUGUACUUACAAGUGCACCUACUGUAUUUAACCGCCUGUGCUGUGACUGCGAUGCCCUCGGUCUCAAGGACUCGUCAGGGUUGUACGAGUUUUGCAAAGAACAAAAUCAUACGCUCAUACUUCUGAUCUUAAACCAUGUGACGCUGUUGAUUUAUCCCAGUGAGCACCGUCAAAUUUAUUUUUAUAGCGCUUUUAGCAAUAGACAUUGGCGCAAAGCAGCUUUACAACAUUUUAGUGACUUCAAAACAUGAGCUAAUUUUAUCCCCAACGAGCAAGCCUGUGGCCACGGUGGCAAGGAAAAACUCCCUCAGACAACAUGAAGAACCAGACUCAAAAAGGAACCCAUCCUCGUUUGGGUGAGAACAGAUAGCAUGAUAAGUUUUAACAUGAUGUCUGUUUAGUUGAGGUUAUAAACUGUUCAUUGAUGGAAGCUUGAGUGCAAAAAGUGUUCAUGACAACCAACUGCGGUCCUAAAGUUAGCAAGUCAAUUGUAGUCCUCAGCCAUCUUCCAAGUCCAUCCAGCUUCUAAAUACACGUCCAAAGUCAGUUUUAGGCAUUUUACAAAAACAGCCUGAACUGCAAGUCGGAGGACAGGACAGACUUCAAUUCCAAAAAGAUAGCAUGUCAUUAACUGUGACUUAUUGCAAAUUCUCAUUACUUUACACAUAAUCUAGCAGAAUUUAUUGAGUGUUGGAAUAUGGACUACAGAUUAUAUGCAAAUAUUCCAAUAAAUUAGCCUUAGUCAGUGGUCUCAAAGUGUAGGGGAAUAAAAAAGGGUACGAGGCAGAGAACAGGAGGGUACAAUUAAAAAAGGCUGAAGCCCUUCACUGGGAGCCACUGGCAUGCGCCGGGGGGGGG